AUGGCUCCUGUCCGCAAGCCUCGUUGCAACUUCAAGGAGUGCAAGGAAGCCGCUCAACGCAUCGUCGGAGACUGCAGCUUCUGCAGCGGCCACUUCUGCUCAAAGCACCGCAUGCUUGAAGCACACUCGUGCACGGGGCUGGAGAACUGCAAGAAAGAGUCCCAUGCUCGCAACGCCGAUAAGCUCAACAGCGAGCGCACCACCGUCAUCAAGGGUGUAUGA